AUGUCCAACAGUAGCUACAUCAAUGCACUAGUACGCUCUCUCCACGAUGAGAGCCAGGAGCACAACGUUGUCACGUUAAGUGGAAGCCAGCCCAAAAUUCGAAGCCCCCAUGCAUUCGAUUCGCAGUCAGAGCCACCAAGUUUGUUCACACGAUCAGCCAACACAUGGGGAGGACAGUUCAACCCUGAUCAUUUCCAGCGCAACGCGUUUGCUAUGAUGUCAGCAAGUCCUGUCAAUGUGGAGAACGGAGCGUUUGCCGCGAUGACUGCCGCGUCGCAUCACAAAUAUGAAAAAUAUGAAAAAAGAAGCGAUCGCAUCAACGAGAAAUUGUAUUGGGUCGACGGAAGCCACGUGGACGAAACCAUCACCUACAACCAGUAUACCAUCGAUAUGGCCGUCCUAGCUCCAACCACAGAGUCUCCGGAAAUCAAGCAAGCGAUCCUACAACAGUCUGUGAACUCCAUCAAGCAGACAAAGGCAACAAUGGAACACAAGGUGGAUUUCUUGAUGAAACGCUACACAUCAGUAUGCCCAGACGUUCGCUCGCGAGUCAACGCCGCCACCAGCGAAUUGUUCGACGUGACUAGUGACGUGUACAAAUUCACAAGCCUGCACGUCAUCGACAACAUGGGACAUGCGAUUGCUACAGGACCGGGACCAGGACUUCCAGCACCAUUAAGAGCCGCUGCCACAUACUUCCGAAUCGAGCUCCGAUUGGUCCCACGGCUGUGUUCCCUACAAACUGACAUUGGAAUCGACCCAACAAAGUUCCCACCAUCUUCCAACAGAGCUGUAUACGUUCCAGUGCCAAGAGUCCAGAACCAGAUGGACGUAUCCAUCACUCGCCAAAUGGUAACGGACCAAGCAUAUCACAAGGAAAUCAUCGCAGCAAUGGCAGCACUAGGAGAAGAGUUCUCGAUGAGAGCUGCGACCAGAGACGGAGAGCCUGAUAACAAAGCCUACGAAAAGUGGUCCAAGCAACAGAUCGCAAAGACCCAAUUCCAAGCGCUCGAACAAGCACUCACAGCCACCUACGUCGGACUACAACAAGGAAUGGAGACGCCAAACCAACAACUGGCAAAACUCAACAUGAUCCGAUACGAAGGAGGCACGAUGAUGUACGUCAGCGUGGCUACUUUAUUUGGCAGAAUUGCCACGAUUCUAAAUGGGUUCAACCAAGAGAAUCCCCCGACAACGAACCUAUCAGACUUGGCAGGAGUAGCGUUCCAAGCCCUCACACAAGAAAUCAAUGUAUGUGUAACUGAAUCAUUAAUUGGUUUUUAUGCUACUUCUAGAGUAUCCAACUGCCGGUGUAAUGCGGCUGUAGAGGCCAGGAACUAUGCUGCUUUUAGUCAGAUAAGUUUGAACCACGUUGAGGCAUUUUUCAAGAAAAAAGUUGCUCUAGUCGAUCAUGUCAGGGGACAAAUCGGCGCUCCCACUGUUGG